GACAGGUGGAGGAGCUGUGCGCUGUCCGUGGUGCUGAAGCUCCGGCUGCUGCCUCACCUCAGAUCCUCACCGCAGCUCCGCUCACCUCCACCUUCUCCUGCUCGGGCAAGAAUCUUAACAGAUUAUCUCACUUUUAUUAUUUUGAACGUCCAGUUUCGUGUGUUUUCUGACCGCUGGCCGGAUCUUAAGAUGGCACUGCAUGGAUUAACACUGCGCAAGGCACAAGCGGACUUAUUUGACUGCUGUUUAGUGACUGUGGAAGCAGACUGAACGCGAUUCUCCUCUUUCUCCAUUUUCUGCCUCGUCUUCUUCAGGACCUCGAGACGUUUUCCGUUUAAAAGAAAGACGCGUGCUAUUUGGAUUAUAUCUCUCUCCACAAUAUGCUCUUUAAAGCUGCACUCCCAUUUGUUCUAGUGUUGUAGAAAAAUCUUGAAGAUAAUUUUGGAUAUGGAGCCAGACAAGGAGCGAGCUGUGCCCACCUCUAAAGAGGGGAUCAAACAAAUCGCAGGAAAGGCCCUGGGGAAACUGUACAGGAGGCUGGAGAAGCGGCAGCAGACAGGUGAGGCCAUCGAGCUGACGGAGGAUGGGAGACCCCGGGAGGACCAGGAGCGGAAGACGCCCCUGUGCGACUGCACGUGCUUCGGGCUGCCUCGCAGGUACAUCAUCGCCAUGCUGAGCGGCCUCGGCUUCUGCAUCUCCUUCGGCAUCCGGUGUAACCUGGGUGUGGCCAUCGUCAGCAUGGUCAACAACAGCACCAUCCACCAGAACGGCAAGAUCAUCAUCACAGAGAAAGCAAAAUUCAACUGGGACCCAGAGACGGUGGGGAUGAUCCAUGGCUCCUUCUUCUGGGGCUACAUCGUCACUCAGAUUCCAGGAGGGUACAUCUCCUCCAGAUUGGCCGCAAACAGGGUUUUCGGGGCUGCCAUCGUGCUGACGUCCAUCUUGAACAUGUUCAUCCCCUCUGCUGCUCGCACGCACUAUGGCUUGGUCAUUUUUGUGAGGAUAUUACAAGGGUUGGUGGAGGGAGUCACUUAUCCAGCAUGCCAUGGGAUCUGGAGCAAGUGGGCUCCACCUCUGGAAAGAAGUCGUCUGGCAACCAUUUCCUUCUGUGGAUCUUAUGCUGGUGCAGUGAUAGCGAUGCCUCUGGCUGGGAUCAUGGUCCAGUACACGGGAUGGUCCUCUGUCUUCUACGUGUACGGAUCUUUUGGGAUUGUUUGGUACAUGUUCUGGAUCUUGGUGUCCUAUGAGAGUCCAGCGGAGCACCCGACCAUCACAGACGAGGAGCGGCGUUACAUCGAGGAGAGCAUCGGGGAAAGUGCCCAGCUCAUGGGUGCAAUGGAAAAAUUUAAGACCCCCUGGAGGAAGUUUUUCACCUCCAUGCCAGUCUAUGCAAUCAUUGUGGCCAACUUCUGCAGGAGCUGGACAUUCUAUCUGCUCCUCAUCAGCCAGCCUGCAUACUUUGAAGAGGUGUUUGGUUUUGAAAUCAGCAAGGUUGGAAUCGUGUCGGCUCUACCCCACCUGGUCAUGACCAUCAUCGUGCCCUUAGGUGGCCAGUUAGCUGACUAUCUACGGACCCACAACAUCAUGUCCACCACCAUGGUCCGAAAAAUCAUGAACUGUGGAGGCUUCGGCAUGGAAGCCACUCUCUUAUUAGUGGUUGGUUAUUCUCACAGUAAGGGGGUGGCCAUCUCCUUCUUAGUUCUGGCUGUGGGUUUUAGUGGUUUUGCAAUAUCAGGUUUCAAUGUCAACCAUUUAGACAUCGCUCCUCGCUAUGCCAGUAUCCUCAUGGGUAUAUCCAACGGUGUGGGUACCCUGUCUGGGAUGGUCUGCCCUCUAAUAGUGGGCGCAAUGACAAAGAACAAGACCCGGGAAGAGUGGCAAUAUGUCUUCCUCAUCGCUUCAAUGGUGCAUUAUGGGGGAGUGGUGUUUUAUGGGCUCUUUGCAUCUGGGGAGAAGCAGCCAUGGGCCGACCCCGAGGAAACCAGCGAUGAGAAGUGCGGCUUCAUCGACGAGGAUGAGCUAGCGGAGGAGACAGGUGACAUCACGCAGGGUUAUGGCGCGAUGGGUGGCCCAGCCAAAAGCUACGGGGCCACUUCGCAGCUCAACGGAGGUUGGGUGCAGGACUGGGAUAAGACGGAGGAGUAUGUGCAGGAGCCGGCAGGAAAGAUAUACGCCGAGCGCGGCUACUCUUAAACCAGACAGCUGUGGUGAGUCUGCGUGCAGAACCAGACUCGCCGCCACAGAUUGCACAAAUAAGCAUUAUAUUAGAGAUUUAAAUCCAUUCCGUGUAUUCAAGUAAGACAGUUACUUCUAGUUUCAAGAAGCCAAUGUAAAGAAAUAGUUAAUUGCAAUGCAGAACAAUCCUCAUUAGAUUCUCAUGUUGUACCCACAGUAGAGCUUAGGGGUUGAAAAGAAAACUGCAGGCCCAUAUUGUACAUCUUAAGCGUCCUAACCUCAUCAAUCUACUUGAACAACAUGACGCUGCAGUCAACCAUCAUGUAGGGUCUCUCUCUGACAACUCUGAUUGCACUGAAACAAUAAGUAUUCUAAAAACAAGAUUCUAUUCUGUUUCUCAAACGUGUUUUAUGUACUGUAUAUAACUGUAUACUGUUUCUGUGAGACUUUUGUGGAUUUUGGGUCGUUGAUCUGUGUUAACAUGAAUAUAAAAAGGCCAUAUUUUUCAUGGACAGUACCUUUUCAGGGAGAUGUCUGCUUGCAAAAAAAGGUCUACUCGAACAAAGCCUAUAAUAUACUACACAACAAAAAUAGAGUGAGUGAAGUUGAACCGUAGAGUUUUAGUGUGUUUGUUGCAUGAAUUUGCUCAGAUCAAUGUUUCAGAUGCAGCCGCCACACGGUCACUGGUAGUCUUCAUUCCGCCUAUACUGCAUUGUUCUUAGAUAAAGUGUCUUCUGCCAUUAAUAACUAAUAAUAAUAAUGAUGAUAAAAUGAAAUUUCAUAAUCAGGUUCUGACCGUGAUGUGAGACAAAUCGGAAAAAAAAAAGUUUUCGACAGUGAUUGCUCGGAAGGCAUUGUUUGUAGAUGUUUGGUGUGCACUGCAAUAAAUUCUGUGUACCAGCCGCCACCCAUCACAUCCUGUUUUGUAACGUAACACUGGCUUGCUGUAUCUAACUGUGAUUGUUUUGGAGUCAUGUGAUGAUCAACAAUAAGGUGUGUGUUUUAACAAAUUACUGGUGUCUGGAGAGUCCAGCUUUACUGCUGGUGACGCUCGGGACGUGUUGUUGCGUUUUGACAGCGAGGAAUGCAGUACUGUAUAUGAACAACCAGGUUUUGUGAUCUCUUGCUGUUUCUCAGUUGUUCUCAUCAUCACCAAAAGUACUUUUAUUGACACUUUGAUAUUGUCAUGUUUGAGUGGACCUCAUGAUUAAUGAAUUAAUAGAUGGCUCUUCCACCCGACUUUAUUUGCUCUUUGAACACUUCUUACUUCGUUUGCUGUAUGGAUUCUGCAAGGAUGUUUUAAAAAUAUAUGAAUAUUUAAGAUUGUUUUAAGAUGACCAAAAGAUGCUAUUACGGCUUUGUGCCUGGAGUUUAUGUAAAACAGAUAAAUGUGAUUUUAUGGCUUCUAAUAUUGUGUUUAAUGAAGAGGUAUGUUGAUGUCAAAAAGUGUUAUGAAAAAUACUCAUAUCAUUUUAUAAAAAAACAUUGUUUCA